AGCUUUUGAAGCUUUCUCUCCUCCCAACCAUGGCUAUGGAGUGAUGUAAACACCACAGAAAGGCAAAACCCUUUCUAUUCUUAUCCCCAUUUGCAAAUAAGUAGGAGGGAAAGAUUUGAGAGAAAUGAAGACUUCCUUCAACUUUUGGUGGUGAGGGUAUUCAUGAAAAGAGAUCAACUUUUCCUAUCUUUCUCCUUAAGAUGACAACUUUACAAGAACCCCAGCUCGAUUUAGAAGCCGGCGGUAACAGUGGCGGUGGAGAUGACACCGGCCCGCAGUCAGGAUCAUCUGAUGGUAAUGAAGAGAGUAGCACGACUACUAUUGAGAUCGUAGGGAUGGUGCCGGAGGAGAAGGGAAGGGCAUCCUCUGUUUCAGAGUUCGUGGUGGUGGAUCUUGAGAGCGGCAGCGGUGGUGGCAGUGACGGUGGUGUGGAGGGUAGUAAGGUACAUUUGACAAGAAUUGAAAAAGAUUGCAGGAUUUGUCAUUUGAGUUUGGAUGUAAACAAUCAAGAAUCUGGAAAUGGGAUUCCAAUCGAGUUGGGCUGUUCUUGUAAAGAUGAUUUGGCAGCUGCUCAUAAACACUGUGCUGAAGCUUGGUUCAAGAUUAAAGGCAACAGAACAUGUGAGAUCUGUGGAUCAAUUGCACUAAACGUUGUUGGUGUAGACGAGACUGCAUUGAUGGACCAGCGGAAUGAAGCGAAUGGUGGCACACCAUCACGAUCUAGUGCACUUGGUGAGACCAUGGGUUCGUCAGAAGCCCCCAACUUCUGGCAGGGACAUAGGUUUCUUAACUUUUUGCUAGCUUCCAUGGUUUUCGCGUUUGUCAUCUCAUGGCUAUUCCACUUUAACGUCCCAUCAUGAAAAUGGUCGAUGAGGUAGUUGUUUGUAGUCGGGUAUGGAGGAAAAAUAAUAUGCACAUUUUUGUUCUUGUUUGUUUGUUGCAUAAUUUAGUGUUUGUAAGGCUUCUUUCGAUCUUGUUUUAUUGGAACUUUAAAAUAUGUAUCUAUGUAAUCUCUUACCCAUUUCUUGGAC